CGUACUUGUCCACUUGCGACUUCUCGCCAUCAGGAGACUGAAAAAGCUGUGAUUUGGGGGUGGGGGGAGACACCCCAAAGUCGGCAGUUAUAAGCAAAUCCGAACGAGAAGAAAAGGGCAUAAAGUCACCAACACGUCGAUCUUUCAGAGAGGGUGCAACUCAAGUCACCCUAAAACCAAGCUCAUCCGCCACCGGGGUCCGGGGAUCCGUGUUUGGGGAGCCCUGGGUGGCGGGACGCGUUAGCUCGGGUUACUUCCCCGGGUGCAGACCUGGCGCUGACCCCGGAGGGGUGGGGAGAUGGGUGGGGAAGACGGGUUUUCCUAGCGCGGCUCCCGAAGGGUCCGCUCUUUCCGGAGAGGGGUGGGGCCGCUCUAGUGGGGCCCUGGGGCGUGUCGCCCGCCUCCGGGGCUGGCCCGCACCGACCUCCACCGCGGAGUCCCAGGACCCAUCUUCAACUUCCUCUUCUUACCCGAGAGGAGGCGUCGCGGGGCGCAGCUGGGACCGAGAGAAGGGACCCGGCCAGCUGUGGCCGCCGCCGCCGGCCGCGAUCGCGGGGCAGAGAGGCGGGGGUGCGCGAUCGAUUCCUCCCCUGGCCGUCGCGCGGCUGGCUCUCCGCGGGAUCGCCGGGCCCCGAACUCCCGGGACGCUCCGGACGAAUCGGAAUCGGAAACCGAAAGCGCGCGCGCCCCGCGCCCGGCACCGCCCGCGCCCGCCCCGGGAACCCGGCUAAGUUCCGAUUCUCCGUUCCCGCGCGAGUCCCCGCGCGAGUGUCCGUCAUGGCGGACCCGGAGGUGUGCAGCUUCAUCGUCAAGGUCCUGUGCGCCCACGGGGGCCGCAUGACCCUGGACGCGCUCCUGGAGGAGAUCGCGCUCUCCCAGGGCCAGCUCCGCCAGGUGCUGGAGGACGCCGGGCCCGACCGCUUCGUGCUGCUCCAGACCCGCAGCAGCACCGGCAGCACCUGGUCGGUGGUGGCCAACACUCGAGCCCGCGUCUGCCGUCGCAAGUACUGCGAGCGAGGCUGCGACAACCUGCACCUCUGCAAGCUCAACCUGCUGGGCCGGUGCCAUUACACGCAGGCGGAUCGGAAAUUAUGCAAAUAUUCUCACAGUGUUCUCUCAGAGGACAACUUUAUAGUCCUGAAAAAAUACGAGCUCUCUGGGCUUAACCAAGAGGAAUUAGCCGUACUCCUGGUCCAGAGUGACCCCUUUUUUAUACCUGAGAUCUGCAAAGAGUACAAAGGGGAGGGACGCAAACAGACGUGCAGCGAGCACGCAGCGUGUGAGAGGCUGCACAUCUGUGAACACUUCACCCGCGGGAACUGCAAGUACCUCAACUGCAACAGGUCCCACAACCUGAUGGACAGAAAGGCGCUCGCCAUCAUGAGGGAGCAUGGCCUGAGCCCAGAGGUGGUUCAGAACAUCCAGGACAUCUGCAACAACAAGCAUGCUCGCAGGAACCCGCCCCGCUCUAGAGCUCCCUUGAAUCAUAGAGCCCCACCGGCAUCACGAGGUCGAAGCAAAAGUAGAGACCGAUUUUUUCAGUUCAGCCAAGAAUUCAGUUCAACGGCUUAUAAGCCCUGCACACCCAGCCUGGGUGCCACGAGUUUUUCGCCUUCUCUCGAGGAUGGUAUUAAUAAUCUUGAGGAGGAGUUCAGCUGUCUGGGGCGUGAGGAUCUGGCUCAGUCUUCCUCAGCCUCAGCUAAGGUGGCCAGUCUAGGAGGAGCACCUCAAGCAGGAGGAAGCCAGAGAGCAUCAAAGGAUAAUGGUCCCGACAGCUUCUUUUACAGGAAUCCUUCUGAUUCAACAUCCAGCCAGGCUGUUUCUAGCUCUCUCCUUGGUUUUACAAAAACACCUGAAGCCAUAACCUCCAGCAAGAGCCUGGGCAUUGUUUCAUCAGAUCACGUGCAUGUCAAAGGCAGGAGUGGAACUCAAGACAUCCAGCAAGUCCUUCUUAAAAAUAAGGCCAACGGAGUGGCUGCAGAUCUAACUUCUCUAAGAUCUGUCAGUUACAGAGCCGCAGCCAUCAAUGAUCAAAGAGAAGUAACACUGUCUGGGAACCAUCUGAACAAUGGAAGUACUUUCUGGGAUCUCCAGACCACUGGCCAAAAGACUGGUGAUGAUAAAGACCCAGGAUUGACAUUUUUGAAUGGUUUGGGCUUAAAAACAGCAGUCACUGGAGAAAAAGAUGCAUUCUAUUUGAGAAGUAAGGGUCCACGAAGCCAGGUCCCAGCCACCCCUGGGGAAGCCACUGCUUCUGCAGGAGUCAGCAUGCUGCCCCAAGCACCUCCACCUUCCUCCGUCAGAAUUGGAGACUAUGGGGCCCAAGGCUCCGCCCACACUCCUGUGAACUCCACCAAUGAGCUCUCAAGAAGGUCUACAGGUUCUGCCCAGAAUUCUAUGUCUGGGAUCUCAAGUAUCACAUCUACAAUGAAUAAUGCUGGCCCAAAGGAAAUUUGUCUAGACCAUCUGUAUAUGGGUUGUAAAGUGAAUGGCAACUGCAACAAAAUACACUUUCACCUGCCCUACCAGUGGCAGAUUCUGAUUUCCAACACCUGGAGGGACUUGCCGGCCAUGGAGCAGAUCGAGGAGGCCUACUGUGACCCUCAGAAGCACAAAAUUUCAAUAGGGAACCGUGAAAUCGAUUUCAAGAAGAUGAUUUGUGAUUUUCAUCCCAUCCGACGCCUCUCCACCCCUUCCGCUGCCGUCCCGGAGCUGGCCAAUGCUGUCUUCACCACCAAAUGGCUUUGGUAUUGGAAGCACAAAUCUGGUAAAUGGAUACAAUAUGGAGCAGAGUAUGACAACCAACCCAGUUCAGACAUCGACUCUUCCUACCUGGAGUCCUUUUAUCUGUCCUGUCCCAGAGGAGUUGUGCCAUUUCAGGAGGGUUCGAGGAACUUCGAGCUGAGUUUCCAAGGGAUGAUUCAGACAAACGUUGAUUCCAAGACGCAGAAGGAUGUCGUCCGAAGGCCGGUGUUUGUUUCUUCGCGGGAUGUGGAGCAGAUCAAAGCAAGAGCAGUCCAUCAGCCUCUGGGGAGCAGGUCAGAAGCUUUAACUUCAGAAUUUCAUCUUCAGACAGUGGCUGACUCCCUCCCUGCCAGUACCUAUGAGUUGUUGGAGCUGAAUAGUUACUGUCAGGAAUAUGCAACAAUUAGUGAACAUUUUAAGGCUUCUAUGAAAAAUUUCAAGAUUGAAAAGAUAAAGAAGAUCAACAAUCCAAAACUCUUGGAUACUUUUGAAAGCAAGAAAUGGACGAUGAAUAAGAGAGACGAGAAACUUCUCUUCUAUGCAACAAGCCGUGCCCAUGUAGAUUCCAUCUGUGCAAAUAAUUUCGACUACGUCUUACAUGGAGCUCAUGAAACCAAAUAUGGAAAAGGCAAUUACUUUACAAAAGAAGCCAUCUAUUCCCACAAAAGUUACGCAUGUGAUACCAAAAAUACCGUCAUGUUUGUAGCCCGAGUCCUGGCUGGAGAGUUCAUCGAAGGAAAUAUGGCGUACACGAGCCCUCCUUCCAUGUAUGACAGCUGUGUGGAUACACGGUUGAAUCCUUCUGUCUAUGUCAUCUUCCAGAAAAGUCAGAUUUACCCAGCAUACGUGAUUGAGUAUGUGGAAUCAGAUAAAGCCUGUGUGAUAAGUUAAGGAAUGGCAAAUAUUAAUGAUACCUACCCAUUUUAUUUUCUUACAGGACCAAAGUGCCCCAGAUAAAUAGGGUAGAUUUUGAUAUUUCCUUGCCAGGUGACCUAAUGCCUUAAAAUUAGUAGCUUCCAAGCUUUGCUGUACAAAAUUUCCAAUGCCUAUCUUGGACCCCUCUCCCAAUUAAGUCAUUCCUUCUGAGGGUGAUCAUCAUGCAGAGCUAAGCUGUUUUGGUUUUUUUUGUUGUUUUUUUUUUUGUUUUUGUCGGUCAUAGGGCUUGAACUCUG